AUGUCAUCAACAACGCCCCCUACUACCCCUCUUAGCAUCUCAUCCAAGCCCUCCCGCCUUGAUUCCCCUGCCCGAAUAGCACUGGCAAUCAAACUUCUUCAAACAAAGCCACCAUCCCUUUCUAUCAGAGAAUUUAUUGAUCUGCUCCGCUCGCACACUUUCUCCGGAGAACGGGCCCUAGAUCCGGCUUCAGAGCAACGGCAUAUCAAGGCUUGCAGGCUCUGGCGGGAAAGAUCUGAGGCGGAUGCCGACAGGGUCCAUGAGCUGCAAGCGAAGGUCAACGAACUAACAGAGAAGAUUGUUGCCUUGUCGAAGGCGAAUGAAUCUGUGUCACAUGAAGCAGGCUUGGUAAAGAGAAAGGGAAAGGCGGUAAAUAAGAGGAAAAGCGUAUCUGCAGGAAAUAUUGCGAAACCUGUGGAGAAUCAAUCUGGGACAAGCAAGAUACUGCAAGAUCCAUCACAGAAUAUUCUUCCCGAAGGAGGGGAUUUUGUGCGGUUUUCUGGAUCGGCGAUUUCCAAACUCAUAUCGUCCCUGUAUCUACUGCAAUUUGCUAGAGAGCCGCACUUAGUACCUAGAUCUAUCGAGCAAACAUCACAAGCUCUGUAUGACGUGGUACAAGAUUUCAUUGACGGGAAACUUACAAAAGCAAUCUCUCCAGCCGAGCUCACAUAUGGGACCAAGGAGUCACAGGAGAUUGAAGAUAUUUCAAAAAUUGUCGGAAAGACCUGUGACAAGGCCAUUUCGUCUUUAGGUUAUUUAAUUGAGGAGGGAGGCAAAACAAUCAAUACUAGAAACAAAGAGUUCCUAGCCUCCGGGAUUGGCAGUGUUAUCCAAAUGCUAGUCGGAAUCCUUUCGCUAAUCUAUAAGACUACCCGAAGGCUUUUAUCUGAGGGAUUAUACCCAACAGACAAACCGGCGACAAGGGACAUUCGUUUAGAACUAACAACUAUUCUGGUUCGGCUCCUAAAGACUCUGAGUGCGGGGAAAACAUAUCAGAGAGAUAUACUAGAAGGACUAUUCUAUCGCUUCUUAGAAAUAAUAAAUGGUACUUUAUCACAACCAGAUUUAUCCUACUUGGAUGAAGCCAACGAGGAUAUGAUGGUCCAGAGGCUUGCAGUAGAGGAGACAUCGUGGUAUUUCUUGAGAGUAUUUCAGGCGGUACUAAAGGUUAAAAACCACACCAUAGAGCCGGAGGAAAGAAAGCUAGAGAGACAGGCGAUGGAGAGAUUGAAAUUCAUCUUGAUCGACGGAAUCUUUUGUGGAACAAGUAAUGUGGCUGUAAGGGAAGAUGGGGGAGAAAGAAAAGAGAAGGGAAAACGAAAAAAAGAUGACCGAGAAGGGUUUUGGGAGAGCUUGGAAACCAAACAACCCAGUAAGAAUAUCACGGUAACUGAUUCGGCAUUUUCGAACGCUUUAUGGGAAUUGUUGGGGUUUGAUAUGCUAGCUGAACAAAUUGGAUAA